AUGUGGUGCCCCUCGCAUCCUACGGCGUUCGGCGGACAGUCCUCACGCUCCCGUUUGGACAGCGGUCCUUCGGCCGGGUUCCUUCGUCAAAUCCAAACCACUCAAGGCCGGGGACCGUUGAACAACGGAGGCGCUGGUGGUUUUGCUCGCAAUCACAAUCACCCCUACUCCUACACCUACAACUCUCGCGGCGGCGUCCGGACGGGAUCGGUUGCGCAUGCCCACGCUGGCAGACAGAACCCUAACUUUAACAACAAUCGGCGAGACAACUCUUUCUCCUCAAGUCGUUCGCGAACGCCUCGCCAGGUUCACGCCUACCCGCAAGACCAGCAACAGCAGCAGUUCAACCAGCAACAGCUGAAUGGUCCCAAUCUCCCUAACCAACCUCGGAGAGGCCGCGGGGCACGCAACCGCCGGCGCCGCCAAACAACGUCGCCCCAGGCUCAAGGAUUCAACUUCAACAAUAUUACUACCAACUUCAACCAAAACCGAAGACGAACGCAAUCCGAGCCUUGGAACCACGACGUUGAAAUGCUUGACGUACCUCCUGUCGUUGAGCCUGACGAAGAUGUGAUGAUGGAAGACGCUCCUCCACUUGUCUCUCUAAUUCCUGCUCCUGAUCCUCGAAUCCAAGCCCUGGUAUCCAGUGCAGCCGCGAUGCAUGAGCUCAAAGGGGUCCAGCACGCCAACUUACCUUCAACAAAACCCACGGGCACCAGCGUCUCGGCCAUUCUCCAUCACGGCCUGCUGGAACAAUUCAAGUCCCGGCAUUCACCAACAGCUGGCCCCGUCUCCCAUCGAGUUCUCGCGACACUCGACCAUCCGCCGUCUUCUGGUCUGAGCCAUCCCCCUCAGUUCAAACUCGACCGUGCCCUGCUUGGAGAGUAUCGGUCCCGAAAGUUUUUUGUCUUUGACAAGGCCCACACUGGAGCCAGUGAGGAUCCUCCCCCGCACAGGGGGGUUCCGGGGAAAUUGGUAAACUGGGGACGCAGAGAACGGGAAGGCAUUUUAACGGUGCAAGGGCGGACGGGCCUGCGCACCGUUACUAUUCUGAAGGAGAGAAGCAAAAUUGUUUCAAUGUUCCCAUCCCGGUCAAGGUUUUGA